ACAGCUUGCUAAAAAUGUUCUCCAUAUUCAAUUUUUUUUUUAUUUUGUUGUGUUCUUUGGUGACUGGAAUUUGGGCUCAGGAUGAAUUUAUAGGCGCAAUUAUUGAUAUAACGCCUCCCCCCACAACAACGAAAGAAGCAGAAUCACUUCAAAUUUAUGAUACUACUACUCCGAGAAAUGCUGUUGAAUUUAGUUAUCGUCCGUCGAUUACGCUAUCAUUCGACACAACAAGAACCUCCGCCACCAUAGAGCCAUAUUCAAUUUCAACAACGGAAACCACAACUACUUCCACUUCUAAAAGGCUAGACACAACAGAUCCUACAAUAGCUUCAACACCUGAGCCCACAACAGAGUUCACCACAACUUCUACGACAGAAGUCUCAUCUACAACAGAGUCCUCCACAAUUUCAACAACGGAGCCCACCACAACAUCCACAACAGAAUCUAGUGCAACUACCACAAGCGAACCCCCAACAAUUUCCACAACAGAGUUGACCGUAACUUCAACAAUGGAACCCACCACAACUGCCACAGCAGAGCCCACGGCAACUACUACAGCGGAACACAGAACAACUUCCAAGACGGGAACCACCACAACUUUGACAACAGAGGCCACUACAACUACAACAACAACGAAAUCCACCACAACUUCCACACCGGAGUUUACAACAACUACUACAACGGAACCCACUUUGAUUUCAAGAGCCCCUAAACAACCAGCAUAUCCGAUCUACAGACCUCCCUAUGUGCGAUCCACGACUUUGAGACCCGGAUGGAGCAACCCAGUGAAAAAAUGUUACCUAAGAAAUCAACAGGAAUACAGAAAGUUUUGCUAUAGGUGGCUGCCGACGAUGAUCUGUUAUCGCUGCUGUUUCUACGAGUACACUGGAGUCGCCGAAUGCAGUAGGCUUCACAAAGGGUUGUGUUCGUGGCAUGACUAUGUUUAGUGAAUAAUACUUUAUUUUAGAAAUAAAUAACAAAACUAAAGCUGUAUUAAACUGAUAAUUAAUAAGCAGUACUAUGCUAUAACACUU